GUGAUGUCAUGAUGGUUAACUUUACCCAAUCCGUCGGCCCCGGUCCCGCACCAGUCAGCCGGGAACAACACAGUUUUUUUUAUGUGACAGAAGAAAGCAGUAACUACUCCCGCAGAAGUACGGGGAAACGGCUUUGUUUGAAGAAGCGUAACUUUACGCACAGACAGCAGACAGUGGAUCAAACUGAACCCACAGACGUAGUAGUCUUACAACCCACACAGAACCCAGUGGGGUUCUGAAGAAUAAGAAAAUGAAUCGGAGUUUAAGUAAAUCGCAGUCUUCUUUGCAGUAUCGUGCGACAGUGGAAGUGAAAAGCAAAUAUGGAGCAGAGUUCAGAAGGUUUUCCCUUAACCGUUCCAACCCCGGGGAGUUCCAAGAUUUCUACAAGCUCAUCCUGCGCCUGCACCGUCUAACCAGCAUUGAUGUCAUCAUUGGCUAUGCAGAUAUCCAGGGAGAGCUACUACCCAUCAAUAACGAUGGCAACUUCUGCAAGGCCGUGUCCACUGCUCCUACCUUACUGCGGAUCUUCAUACAGAGACAAGAGGAAGUAGACGACAAUACCUUCUGCCCCAAUGCCACUGUGACACGCCGGAGGAAGGUGCCAGCGAUCCCCCUGCCACGCGGCGACGUGAACCGCAAAAGGCCCACGGUCCACAUCAGCAGGCCGCAGGACUUCCGCCCCAUCUCGUCCAUUAUUGACACAGAUUUCCUGCCCGCAUCUCAGCGCCGGGUGCGCCUUUACCGCCAGGGCUCAGAGAGGCCCCUGGGGUUCUAUAUCCGGGAUGGGACCACUGUGAGGGUGACUCCCCAUGGCCUGGAGAAGGUACCUGGGAUCUUCAUCUCACGGCUGGUCCCUGGAGGCCUGGCUGAGAGCACAGGGCUGCUGGCUAUCAACGACCAGGUGCUUGAGGUGAAUGGGAUUGAGGUGAUGGGCAAGGUGUUAGACCAGGUAACAGACAUGAUGAUCGCAAACAGUCACAAUCUUAUCAUCACGGUGAAGCCGGUGAACCAGCGUAAUAACAUAGUGCGUACCGGCAGCUGGAUGUCGGGGAUAAACUCAGGCAGUGUCAGCUCUUUAGACUACCAGAGUUACCACAGCAUGCCCAUCUGUCAGAGUUACCACAGCAUGCCCAUCUGUGUGGGAGCCUACAGCUUCACUGAUGACGAGCUGCAGAGUGACGAGGACUUGGACAUUGUGAUUGAGAGAAGACUCAGAAACUCAUCCCGUCGCUCCAGUGCCUCCACCUCCACAGCCUCCCGUUCCCAGGCUUGGUCCCAGCCCCAGCAGAGUCCUAGGCCUUCUCCUAGGCCAUCCACCCGACGUCCUCCCCGUCGACCUUACUCUGUCAUCUCCUCAACCUCCUAUCACUCACAGCCCAGCCUCACUAACCUGAACCUCAGACUGAACCGAGACCUGACCCUGCAGCAGCACUACGGCAGCAGCCCAGCCAUCAGGGAGAUGAAUGGAGGUGUGUUUAACCACAGCAGCCUGCUCACCCUGAGGACAGAGCUACGACGCAGCCUGGUGCUACAGAGGGGAGGGGUGGAGGAGGACGGAAUGGUCAUCACCUUGUGAUUCUACAGUCAGAUUCUAGAACACUACAAACCACAGGGGGCUGCCGAGGGGAGGACGGAAUGGUCAUCACCUUGUGAUUCUACAGUCAGAUUCUAGAACACUACAAACCACAGGGGGCUGCUGAGGGGAGGACAGAAUGGUCAUCACCUUGAGAUUCUACAGUCAGAUUCCAGAACACUACAAACCACAGGGAGGGGAGGACGGCACAUAAAAAUGGCCAGAAUUAAGGGAAUGGUAUGGUUUAAAACACGUGUUUGAUUAAACCACGUGUUUGAUGUAUUUGAUACCAUUCCACUACAAACCACAGCCAUUACCA